ACUUUGAAUAUUAUUUAUAGUCAUAGGCGUGCGGGGAUCCUUCCAGUCUUUAAAAUCAAACAAUUCAAAAAACGGGUGCCAUUGUAAUAUAACAGCUAGUACAGUAGUACGCAAUCGUAGUCUUAGUUACACGUUAUUUUAUAGUUACACUAUACUGGAACUUAUCAACUUCGAAUCAGAAUUUCAUGUAAAAAUUAUAUACUGGCUUCUUGUUGGCAGGCACGCCACUUGUCAUUUUGUGUUCGAAAUUUUUCAUUUUUUUUCGACAAUUUACGUAAUUCAAUUGUGACUUACAACGUUCUUGUGUUAUUUUAGAGUACUACUCUGUGGCAAAAAGCAGGUGGAGCAGCUCUAUCAUUUCAGAUGCUUUCCAGGAGAUUUCAGAAUUUGAGAGACCAACAUGCAUGGUAAUUAUGUGUUGAAGUUGUGAUAAAUGGGGCUGGCAUUUUAUCAAAGAGCGGCUUCCUUGAAAGAUCCGAAUAAGAAAUAUGACCUGAGUAAAUGGAAAUAUGCUGAGUUAAGAGACACCAUCAACACCUCGUGCGAUGUCGAGUUAUUAGAAGCCUGUAAACAAGAGUUCCGUCGCCGUCUUAAGGUUUAUCAUCAGUGGAAAAAUAAAAAUAAGGCAUCGAAGUCGACGGGUCAAAGUGCUGGUGAUCAAAGAGCACCUGAAGAGGUCGUGGAAGAAGAAAAUCCAGCAUUGAAGAAAUCAAAGGAAAAUAUUUUAUAUCUUCAGUAUUAAAAGGCGGUUGAAUCUAGACGAAACUCAGUCUUUGCAGUCUCGAAAAGGAAACAUCAGUCAAAGAGGUUCAGGAAAAGUUGAAAGAUUCUGAACGAACUACGGCACCGAAAGAUGGGAAAGGAGAAACGUAAAGGCUUGCUCGCAGCGAAUAAUAGAACGAAAGAAUCGUAAAGAGAUGUCGGACAUGCCUUGGGACAUUAAUGCACGCAAAUACAAAACUCGAUUUCGACAAUAUGCAUGAGUAAAAAUUGCAUGGAAUUUGGCUUUUUUGACUGAGAUAUAAACUGAACACUCUUCUGUUUACCUCCUUCAUUUUCAAGUUUUCCGCCUGUGCAUGAUUUUUGCAUGAAGUCUGGUCGUAUCAAGCGCAUGCGGAGUGAAUACAAGUGAUUCUGGGGCCCCAAUCACUUGUGUUUUCUCCAUCUUGACGACUAUAUAUAUAGUCCGGACAAAAAUAUCGCUCAGAGAGCGCCUAAAACAUAAAAACAUGAAAUAUGUAUUUCUAGAAGGAGAUGAUAGUCCAGUGUUCUUGCUUUCUUGUACAAAAACGUGCAUAAUAUUUUGUAUGAAAACGUGCAUGACAUUUUGUAUUAAAACGCGCAUGACAUUUUAUAUUAAAACGUGCAU